AUGUCUAGCUUUUCAUUAAAUACAAGUAUUUUUGAAGAAACUCAUAAAGAAGAUACACAAUUGCAAACUGAUCUUUCUAGUUUGCAAUUUCAAUAUUCAGAUCAAGAAAAUAUCAAUUUAUCAACAUUAGAUAAUUCUGAAACUUUAGAAAUUUCAGAAA